AUAUACCUUUAAUGCAGGGGGCGUCGCUAAAUUCACAGUCAGGGUGGAGGAAGAUAACAUUUCCGUUUCCUGCCUUGGCAAAUAUUUACAGACUACUAGAGGGAAAAAAUAAUAAUAAUAAAAAUAAAAAUGAGGUGAGAGUGGAAGACUGUAACGGAAAGAGAGAAUACUUGCAAAGAGGAAAAAGAGAGAGAGAACGAACAGAAGGAUUUAGACGGGUCUGAUAAAAAAAAAGGGGACCGCAAACAAUUUCUUUAGUUAGUAUAUUUACAUCAAACGAGGCAGAAGGGAGACAAUAAAUUAAAUUUUAAAAAAAUGUCUGAAAGAGGAGGGCUGCAGCGGACCGGAGGGGCUCCGUCCCCGCAUCUCCAGCCUUUCAAAUCGGUCGCUAUCGCCUCCAACCGCCCGGUCCACAUGAACCUGUACGCGACGUGGGAGGUGGACAGGUCGUCUCCCAGCUGUGUGCCCAGGCUGUUCAGUCUCACUUUGAAGAAGCUUGUCAUUCUGAAGGAGCUGGAUAAGGACCUCAAUUCUGUCGUGAUCGCAGUCAAACUGCAGGGUUCGAAAAGGAUCCUUCGCUCCAACGAGAUCCUCCUCUCUGUGGCCGGCCUCACGGAGACAGACCUGCAGCUUACCUUCUCCUUGCAGUACCCCCAUUUCCUGAAGCGCGACGCCAACAAGCUGCAGAUCAUGCUUCAACGAAGGAAGAGGUACAAGAACCGAACCAUCCUGGGCUACAAGACCCUGGCUGUGGGGCUCAUCAACAUGGCAGAGGUGAUGCAGCACCCCAGCGAGGGAGCCCAGGUCCUUGGUCUCCAUAGCAACGUGAAGGACGCAGCCGUCCCAGUGGCCGAAAUCCGCAUCUACUCCCUGUCCAGCCAACCGAUCGACCACGAGGGCCCCAAAGUCAAGAUGUCAGCAGAUCGCUCUCCGGACAUCGAUAACUAUUCUGAGGAGGAGGAGGAGAGCUACUCUUCAGAGCAGGAGGGGAGCGAUGACCCCUUGCACGGACAGGAUCUGUUCGACGAGGACGACGAGGUUCGGAAAGUGAAGAAAUCUCGCAGGAAGCUCACCUCUACCGCCUCCAGCACCCGCGUCAACCAGCCCAACAUCAAGCAGAAGUUUGUCGCCCUGCUGAAAAGAUUCAAGGUGUCGGAUGAAGUGGGGUUCGGACUGGAGCACGUGUCCCGGGAGCAGAUCCAGGAGGUGGAGGAGGAUCUGGACGAGCUGUACGACAGUCUGGAGAUGUACAACCCCAGCGACAGCGGUCCGGAGAUGGAGGAGACAGAGAGCCUCCUCAGCACGCCCAAACCCAAACUCAAGCCGUUCUUUGAAGGCAUGUCCCAGUCCAGCUCGCAGACCGAGAUCGGGAGCCUGAACAGCAAGGGGAGCCUCGGCAAGGACACCACCAGCCCGGGAGACCCUGCCUCCUCUGAGAAGGUAAAGCAUUCCUGGAGCUGGAACCUGGAUGAGCCGAUCCCCGAGACAGACCCCCUGGAGCCGAGCGAUCCGGACCUUUUUGGGGAGCUGAGCACCUCCAUCGUCGUGCCCGAAAAACUGAGAACGCCCCUGAAGAGCAGCAAGCCCGAGCCUCAGAGCUCCCCCUCCCCCAGGCUGGAAGGGGGCCACACCCCUCGGCAGAAGCGGGGCGUCCCUCUGAGAGAGAGGCAGCUGUCCAAGCCGCUGAGCGAGAGGACGAACAGCACUGACAGCGAGCGAUCCCCGGACCUGGGUCACUCCACCCAGGUCCCUCGCAAAGUGGUUUACGACCAGCUGAACCAAAUCCUAGUGUCAGACGCAGCGCUGCCAGAGAAUAUCAUUCUGGUAAACACCACAGAGUGGCAGGGACAGUACGUGGCGGAGCUGCUGCAGUGUCGGAGGAUGUCCGUUGUUUGCACGUCCACCAGCGUGGAGAUUCAGACCGUGCUCAGUGCAGUGCUCUCCCGGAUUCAGAAAUUCUGUAACUGUAACUCGUCGAUGCCGCGGCCGGUGAAGGUGGCAGCGAUCGGCACGCAGAGUUAUCUGGGCUCCAUCCUUCGCUUCUUCGUCACCCAACUCGCCAACAAGACCUCGGACUGGCUCAACCACAUGAGGUUCCUGCUGAUCCCGCUGGGAUCUCACCCGGUAGCGAAGUACCUGGGCUCGGUAGACAGCCGAUACAACGCAGCUUUCCUUGACCAGUCCUGGAGGGACCUGUUCAGCCGGGCAGAACCUCCCUCGACAGACCCCUUUGAUGUCGUGGGUCGGAUCUCGCAGUACAUUGCUGGAGCCAGCAUAACUCACCAGCUGCCCAUAGCAGAAGCCAUGCUGACCUGCAAACACAGAAUGCAUGACGAAGACUCCUAUCAGAAGUUCAUCCCGUUCAUUGGGGUUGUCAAGGUGGGUCUGAUUGAGUCGUGUCCAGCCAGCUCCGGAGACGGUGAUGAGGGCGUGGCUUUGAGCCUGGCUGUCCCCUCCACGUCCCCGCCCCCUCACGGAGCUGCCGUCGGAUUGGCUAAGGAGACCGCUGCGACCCCGCCCUCUUCGCCUUCUAUGACCAGCGGGCUGGCAGUGAUGGGGAGCCCCGCCGCGUCCCACGCCGCAGACACCAUCGGCCUGCAGGUGGAUUACUGGCUGGCCACCGGAGGCGAGAAGAAGAAAGAGGGAGAGAGGAGGGACACGGGUUCGAAAAACACCCUGAAAAGCAGCUUCCGCUCCGUGCAGGUCAGCCGGCUGCCAGGGGGCGCUGUGGGGGAGAGCCAGUCCGCCCUCAACACCAUGGCCAUGACCGUCGUCACCAAGGAGAAGAACAAGAAGGUGCCUACGAUCUUCCUGGGGAAGAAGCCCAAAGAGAAGGAGCUGGACUCAAGGAGCCAGGUGAUCGAGGGCAUCAGCCGGCUCAUCUGCUCUGCCAAGCAGCAGCAAACCAUCCUGAAGGUGUCGAUAGACGGAGUGGAGUGGAGUGACGUCAAGUUUUUUCAACUCGCCGCUCAGUGGCCGACUCACGUCAAGUACUUGCCAGUCGGACUCUUUGGCUACAAUAAACCUGCCGGCUAAGACACGCCCCUGACCCGCCUCUGCCUGACAGCCAUUGGCCAGCUGCAGCACAAGCCACUCCCACUGAGAACCCACCAGGGGGUGGGGGUGGGAACUGAACCAGCCAAUCACAUGCUGGGUUUCUCUUCCAAUCCCAGCUGUCUUCUUGUCUUUUUGUUUGUGUUUUGCUGUGAAACGCAGUUGUCGAGUGCGCCCGGAACCUGUUGUCACGGCGACGGCAGUACUUUAACAUUUGAUUGGAUGAAAGGCACGCCGGUCACAUUUUCAGCACUUCACUGAUUGGUCAGCACGGAAACGACUGCACUUAAAAUAUUUUUUUUUUUUUUAAAAAAAAGACGUGCUGAAGAGAUGUGGAGGUUUAAAGAAUUUUUUUUUUCAACGUUGCUUAUUUUUUUGUCAGUUUCGUGGCUCGUUCCUGUGCCUCAGGCGUUGUGCAUGUACAGAUAUGUGUAUAGGGGGUGUUUGUGUGCCAUCAAACUGAACAAUUUCGGUGUUGUGUGUUUUUUUUUUUUUGUUUGUUUUUUUUAAACCAAAGCAACAGGUAGGUAUUUGAAAGACAAGAUCCUACAUCCAAUAAUAACCAAUUUUAGAUGUUUAAAACUGGAUAAGUCAUCAGUCGUGAAUUAUACAGCUCAACGAAUGCGUCGUUCUGUAAACGGGACGGAGCUGUGUGCAGAAAUCAGGGCGAGGGGUCCCUGGUGUGGAUCGGGGGGCUGAUUCCCCGUUCAGAGUGAAUUCAGAAACAGCUGCUUGGGUUUGUGUGGGUCGCUGUUCUCCGCAGAGUCUUUAAGAAAAGCAGCGAUCGUCACAAACCCAAGCAGCUGUUUCUGAAUUCACUCUGAACGGGGAAUCCGCCCUCCCCUGAUCCACACAAAUUUACAGUAUAAUCUUAGAGACUGUGGGGGUCAGAUGAGGCUCCUGAACACCAUUGAAUCCGACCCCUUUCCUGUCGGAUCAACAGAAACUUCCAUAACCAGUGAGAGGACCCCUGUCCUUCUUUUAAAGGUCUGGUCUGUUACUUUUUCUCCUGUUCUAAGCCUCAGAGUGAUUUCAGAACUGAGCACAUCUGCCUGGCUAGGCUUAAAAAUCUCAAGCCUGUGCGAUCCGCUUGACCUAAGCUGAUGAAGAGCCUUUUUAUACGAGCAAUCAUCGAGGAGUCUUUGAAAUGCUCCACUGGUGCAAAAAAACACCGUGACACUCCAUUACCAUAAUCUAGUAAUAAUGCAUCCAUUAACUGUGUGCUGUCCUAACUGGACCGGUCUUAAGAAGUGUUUGCACCAUGUAAGGUGUUGUGUGUGCGUGUGUGUGUGUGUGUGUGUGUGUGUGUGUGCGCGCGAGGGCUGUAUCUCGCUAAUUGUUAAGAAAUGCAAUUUUUUUAAAGUGUUAUGAAGCACAAUAACCACUAGAGGGACCCCUUCCUGACAUUUGUGUCAAAUGAAAAGCUUUUAAAAGUUUGCUGUUGAUUUGUAUGUGUGUAAAAAAACAAAGUGAAUGUGUAUUGUAUUGGGUAAGAUCAUCAUCUUCUACUUUCCUUUUUUUCUGUUUAAUUCUGAUGAUCCUGAGCCCUGUAUUGCUAUUUUUUUUUUUUAAA